CUUCCUGUCAGAAACAGACGCACACACAAACAUACAGCAUCAACGUAGAAGUGAAAGAAGAAAGUCCUGGAUUACAGGAAGAAAUGAUCGCGAUUAGGAUUUCUGCUGUAUAAAUGUAAAAGAAGUACCCAUGAAUCUCAGUGAGGAGGACUUGGCCCCUCUGGUGAUCAGAGACCGGGGAGGCAGCCAGAGGUCCAGUUCUAGCACUGGUCCCAGUUUACAAGUACACCUCUACUUCUUCCCAGCCACAAAGGAUGCCACAACAAUUCACAUUUCAUCUGGCCAAAUCUCUGCUGAAAAUGUCUGCAUUGAAGCAGGCAAAAAAUGUGGAAUCUUACCCGUGUACCAAAGUCUUUUUGGCUUGGCAUCUGCCGAUCUUUCGUUUUGGUAUCCUCCAUCGCACAUGUUCAACACAGAAGAAAACUUACAAGUCCACUUCAGAGUCAGGUUUUUCUUUGGAAACUGGUUUGGACAGGGACCAAGAACAUCGUACCGCUACAGUCUGACCAGAGACAGUGUCAGUCCAGUGCUUGACUACAGUGUCAUUGAUUAUCUCUUUACUCAGUUGCGAAGUGACUUUAUUGCUAGUGAGGCAGGAGUGUGUCCACCUUUGAGUACCCAAGAGGAAUGCCUCGGCCUUGCAGUGCUGGACUUGUGGAGAAUGGCUAAAGAGCGCCAUCAGAGUGUAAGAGAGCUCUGCAAAAGUGUCAGCUACAAAUCAUGCCUUCCUAAGUCACAUCGCCAUGACAUCCAGAGACGAAACCGCCUGGAUCGUUAUCGAAUCCGAAACACCCUCAAGCGUUUCUUAAAGAAGCUUGGCAGCUGCUCGGUUGAUGAGUGUUGCUUGAAGCUGAAGUACCUGAUUGAACUGGCUGGCAUCGAGCCCUCUCUAGGGAGCGAAACGUUCCAAGUGAAUCCUUCUUCCUCCCCUUCAAAGUCAACUUUCUCUCAUGUGCGGGUCACCGGGGAAGGUGGAAUUGAAACCGGUGGAAGUUGUAAUCCUGAUGAUGCCCUGGAGUGGCAAACCUUCUGUGAUUUUAAAGAAAUCAUCGACAUCAGUAUAAACAGGGUAUGCCAUGAGCAGGUUCCCCAAGACAGCAGGAUGGUGACAAUAACUCGUAAAGAUGACAUAUGCUUGGAAGCCAACUUCCAGAGUCUCAAGGAAGCACUUUCAUUUGUGUCUCUUGUUGAUGGCUACUUCAGACUGACCACAGACUCUAGCCACUACUUCUGUCAAGACAUUGCUCCUCCAAGUAUUCUGGAGGGGAUCAAAAACCACUGUCACGGCCCAAUCACAUCAGAGUUUGCAGUCAACAAGUUGAAAAAGUCAGGAUUUAAAGGUGGGACAUUCCUUCUCCGACGGAGUCCCAAAAUCUAUGACAACUUCUUCCUCACUGUUUGUGUUCAGACUCCACUUGGACUUGACUAUAAAGACUGUCUCAUUAUCAAGAAUGAGCAAUACAGUCUUCCUGGUGUCCACAAAUCAUUUCCCAGCUUGAGAGAGCUCACCAGCUAUUACCAACACAACAAGCUGCUACUGGCUGAAGUACCUGUCAAGUUGACCCGCUGCUGUCCACCCCGACCCAAAGAGCUCACAAAUCUGAUCAUCAUACGCAGCAGCAGCUCUCUAGAAGCUCAAGGGUCUCCAACACCUGAAAGGAACAAAUUCAGUCAUAUCCAGUUCCACAUGAUCAAAUAUGAAGACUUGAAAUGGGAUGAAAGCCUCGGACAGGGAUCCUUCACUCGAAUUUUCAAAGGCUACAAAACAGACAUUCACGAUGGGAAGAAACACGUGACAGAUGUUUUCCUGAAAGAGCUCGACGGCGGUCAUAAAAGCUGCUGGGAGUCAUUCUUUGAAGCUGCCAGCUUGAUGAGUCAGAUUUCACACAAACACCUCCUCCAUGUAUAUGGUGUUAGUAUUCAUGGAGUCAAAAACAUCAUGGUGCAGGAGUUUGUUGAGUAUGGGGCCCUCGACCUUUACUUGAAAAGAGGGAGAUCUGUGUCAGUGAGCUGGAAACUUGACGUAGCCAAACAGCUCGCGUCUGUCCUCAAUUUUCUGGAAGAAAAGAACAUUGUUCAUGGAAAUAUCUGCGCCAAAAAUCUGCUGCUGGCCAGAGAAGGUGACCCAUCGCAGGGCAGCUCUCCUUUCAUCAAGCUGAGCGACCCGGGUAUCAGUGUGGCCAUGCUGGGCAAGGAUGUGAUCCUGGACAGGAUCCCCUGGGUGGCACCUGAGGUGGUGGACAACCCGGACAACCUGACGCUGGAGUGUGAUAAGUGGAGCUUUGGUGCCACUGUGUGGGAAAUCUUCAACAGUGGGAACACUCCGCUGCAAGGCUGGGACUUGGACCUGAAGCGGGAGUUUUAUGAGAGCUUCCAGCAGCUACCUCCCUCCCAGUGGACAGAGCUAGCUGAUCUGGUCAGUCAGUGUAUGGACUACCAGGCAGCCUUCAGACCCUCCUGUCGCAGUAUCAUCCGUCAACUCAACAGUCUGAUCACUUCAGACUACGUGAUACUUCACGCCACCGAGCCCGUCACACAGAGCCCUAUGUGGAGAGCCCUCAGCCCUGCUAAACAUGACCAGCCAUUGUUUGAGGAGAGACACCUACGCUACAUCUCCCCUCUGGGGAAAGGAAACUUUGGCAGCGUUGAACUUUGCCGUUAUGACCCGUUGGGCGAUAACACCGGUGAGCUAGUGGCUGUGAAGAAGCUGCAGACCAACAAGCAGUUGACCAUGGAAGACUUCAAGAAGGAGGUCCACACCCUCAGCGUUUUUCACUCUGACUACAUCGUCAAAUACAGAGGAGUCUGCUACAGCGCGGGUCGCCUCACUAUGAGUUUGGUGAUGGAGUACCUGCCCCACGGCAGUCUUAUUGGCUACUUGGAGAGUAACCGACACAACGUCAACACCAGGCGGAUGCUGCUUUUUGCUUCUCAGAUCUGUAUGGGGAUGGAAUACCUGCAGAACCUGCGUUAUGUGCACAGAGACCUCGCAGCCAGAAAUAUCCUUGUGGCCAGUGAGUCGCUGGUGAAAAUCGCUGAUUUUGGGUUGACCAAGGUUAUUCCUUUUGACAAGGAGUACUACAGAGUCGCACAGCCUGGAGAGAGCCCCAUUUUCUGGUAUGCUCCAGAGUCCAUCAAUGAGUCCAGAUUUUCCCACAAGUCAGAUGUCUGGAGUUUUGGAGUCGUUCUUCAUGAGCUCUUCUGCUACUGCGACACAAACUCCAACCCAAAAAGACUAUGUAUGCAGGGGAUUGGACACAAUGUGCAGGGUCCAUCCAUUUCGAUGCGUCUGGCAAAUAUUCUUAAGGAUAACUGGAGGUUGCCGGCUCCUCCAAACUGCCCACCCAAGGUGUACAGUUUGAUGAAGCAGUGCUGGGCAUACGACUUUGAGGAGCGGCCGAGUUUCUCUGACCUGGGAAACCAAAUUGAAACUAUCAUGCAGGAUGAGAGAGAGAACCUUUAAGUCUGUCAAAGAUCAUUGUUGCACAUCGCAGUUCAGUUCACACAGGUAUCACACUCAGCAGUGGACAAUAUCCAGUUGUGUAAGCAUUUACAUGCUGACUUGUUAUCGACCAUCUUAUAGGCUACUCCCUAAACACACAGGUAAAGCUCACUUUAUGCCCCUCUCCCAGUCCUAUAAUGUACAAAGACCAGUGGUGGAAUGAAACUCAUUUACGCAUUUACUCAAGUACAAGUACAAAUUUGAGGUAGGCUACUUGAACUUUACUUUGUAUUUCCAUUUUAUGCAACUUAAUACUUCUACUCCACUACAUCUCUGUAGUGUAUAUUGUACUUUUUACUCCACUACAUUUGCCUGCCAGCAAAUUAGUUCAUUUACAGAUUACAUUUUUAUUUUUUUGUUACAACUUUUCAUGUCCAGGGGGAACAAAAAGAAGUUGAUUUUGAAUGUUUGUGAUAAACUGAAGGAUGAAGUGUUCCUUUAUGUGUUGAGAAAAUUCUCCUAGUUCUUAAGUUAAACUAUUUAAAAAACCCUUUUGGAUCAUCUGGAAAAUGCAUUGCCACAAAGCUGAAACGGCUGUUUUUCUGAGCUCAGAAAAAUUUGACUUUUUAGAGAGAAGCGGUUCUCACAGGACAGUGGCGCUACAAACAUAUGCUGAUUGUAUAGAAUAUGAUGCAAUGCUGCAGAUUAAACUGCCCAACAGUAAAUAAAGGAGUUAAAAUUAGCACAAACUCUGACAUCUACAGCAGUAAAAUGCAAUAUACACUUUAAUGCAGCAGUCAUAAUAAUCCAAAAAUACCAUAAUAGUAAAACACUGACGGAACAUUUUGCUCAAGGCUCACAUUUCUAAAGAAUCAAUUAUGAAAUUAUUUUGGGCAACAACAGUUCAACAAUGAUAUUUAGCUUGAACUCGUUCCUCAUGCCAGAAUUAUAUUAGUAUAAAUACAAUACUGUAUAUUUUAUAAAAUGCAAGGUACACUUUAUUGGGCACUGCAAAGAAUGUAUUAGACAAAAUGUAUGACUUUUACAUCGGUGUCUAAAGGGGUCAAAGUAUUACAGAAACUGAAAACUGCAUUGGCAUUUAAUAUUUUCCUUUUUGCAUUUAUACUGUAGUAGUGUAGUAUUGCAGUGAAUAAUUUGUUGUAUUUUGUAGUCUUACUUACAUCCUCUAAUUUACACAGUGUUUUAAAAAAAGCAAUUCUGUGGCGGCAGCGUUUGUAAAUAUUUAUUGACAACACUGAAUCCAGUUCUUUGUAAUCCCUGAAGCACUGAUGCAUCUUAAAUACAUGGCUGAAACAAAAGAAUGAAAAAAUAAUUUGUGUUUAUAAAAAAUGUAUCUACAAGGAGUUUACAAAGUACAAAAAUAAUCUUUUUAGCCAUGCUAGUAGUGUGGCUCUAGGGAUGAUCUGUUGGUUGGCCAGUCCGCCACUUUGGUCCAAAUUGAAAAUUCAAUAUAAAUUAUUGCAUGGAUUGCCAUGAAAUUUGUUACAGAUAUCUAUGUUCUCUAAAGGAGGAAUCCUGAUGACCUUGGGCAUCCCCUGACUUUUCCUGUUUAUCCACCAAAAGGUUCAUAUUUGUAGUUUUGAGGGAAAUAUCUCUGCAACUUGUUAGCGUUGCCGUUGCAUUGUCAUUGUGAGCAUGAGCAUGAGCAGCUAGCAUGGCUGCAGACUUGUUUCAGCUCACAGUGUCCCAAAAAAACAAAACGAUACCUUCCUCGGAUGCACUGACACAAGGCUAAUGUGAAUAUCUGACACCUUGUAAAAUUUGCUGUUUUGUUUUUUCAAGCUCCAUGAACUGAUUAAGCAGCCCGUUCUCAUCCGGCGUUUGGUACCGCCGCACACGCCAUCCUUUAGUGCACGUAUGAAACGCAUCAGUCUUUCCAUUAACUAUAAUGUAAACCCAUCCACGGCAACAGUAAACGCUCCGAGAAAGAGCGGCAGGAGUGUGGUGACGUAGUUUUAAGAGCGAAAGAGACACACUAUGCGGGUGAGAGAGGAGGUGGACGGGUCCAACAACACAAGGCUUUCAUCCAGGGGCCCGCUGUUCAUGUCCUGUGCGUCAUGUUACAAUCAGCUGUUCGUUAGGGUCCCGUGCUCACAACGCUCAGUGUCAUUUUCACUGUACAAACGUAGUAGUUUUAAGCCCAACCAUGUCUUUCUUUCCUAAACCCAACUAUAGUGGUUUUGUUGCCUAAUCCUAAAGCGACGCCAUGGGUAACUAUAGUGGUUUUGAUGCCGAAAAUAAAGUGACGCCAAGGGGCGUAACAAAGCGGUGGUAUGUGACGAGUUGGGAUGAGAACGCUGCAACUACUGAAAUCUUAACAACCAGAAGUUUUCACUUUGCAUAAAGCUUUUCAUAGGUUUAGGACCACUGACAAGAGACAAUGUUCUAAUAUCUUAUUAUCCAUUUUGUCAUUGUAAUACAACAAACAAUAAAGAUGAUUAUAUGAAUGAAUGAA